AUGAAGGAGAGCCGAACGUAUGUUGUUACCAUCAAACAUUCAUGUUUCAUUUCAGAGAGUCGAGAAAGUUCGACCUCAACGUCCCCAAACUCCAAAAACUCGGCGAAAAACUCAAGAAUGUAGGUUUAAAAUGAAAGUCUUGAUUAAGAUCUAACAAAUUCUAAAUCUAAAGUAAUAUUUUUGGUCGUAUCAGCUAAAAAUAUAACAUAUCAUGUGUUUAAAGCCUUGAAAUAAAAUGAACUUUUGUAGUUUGUUCCUAGACGAGACAGCAAAGCUUCGCGGUUCAAUGAUGUUGUAGAUGAUGGACUAUACAGUAAGACUUUAGUUACAGUAGACAAAAUUUUUUAGAAACCAGAUGUCUGUAUCAUUCAGACGCCGGGCCUUUGCUGGGCCAUCUGGCCGUAUUUUCAGACAACUUGAUAUUUCAAUCAUACGACAAGACGGUCAAUCUGGAAGUGCUGUACUUUCAAGUAAAAUACAUCACUUUGUCGGACUACGGUAGUCUUAAAAGUGCACUUCAAGUACGUAUUGAUUGGUCUUAAAUAUGCUAAUUUUUUUGACAUUUAACUUCAAAAAAAUUCACUUUGAUUAUUUCAAAAUUCAAAAAAAUACGAAUUUAAAUGUUUAAACUGUUAAACAUGCCAAAGUAAACCUAAUCCUUGCUUACUGUAGCUGUACAAGACAGACGACUCGGUUACCAUCUUCAACAACCUGCCAGACGAGAACGAGGUCCUCCGAAUCCUGUGCAAUGUCUGGCGCUCUACUCACCAUUCUCUGCUCCAAGUAGGUAAUUUCAAUUAUGACGAAUUAAUUGACAAGACAAGCGGUGGUUGUUUUAUGUGUGUCCCCAAACGAGUGGAUCGAACGGUCAAGGUCUCCAGCGACAGUACUAGUUCGUCCAGCGAGGAGUUCGCGAUGAGCAAGAGGAGCCACUCUCGACCUGACGUCACGGCGGCCAAGGUGAGGUCGCGGACUGCGAGCGAGGCCUCUUCUCUCGUCCUCUUGGCCACAAAUAGGUUUAUUGAUUGCGCGUGUUUGUGCUUUUUACUUUCUUUCAGACUGCCCCUGCCAAUCCCACGCCCACAGCCACGACGGACACGGCUAGCCAGAGUAGCGCGGCUACCUCCACCAAUGGUCAGUUUCAGGAUUUCUUUUUUUUGGAGCUUUUAAAGCCUUUUUUGGCGGAAAUUUCUUCUUUUUCAUUUAAAAAAAUAUUUUCAAAAGAAAGCUUCUUAACUCUAAAAGAAUAAUAUAUUUUAUAAUUAUAUAUAUCUUACAUAACUGGUUGAAUUCUAUGUAAAUUUUUUUUUAUUUUUAUAUUAUCGAAUAAUGUUGUAAAUGAGAUGCUAAUGAGUUGAAUUGCAGCUCAAAAAGAGCCGGUUUCUUGUGAAUGCGACGAUCACAAAGGAACCGUGUUUCUGGACAAGACAUACAACCUCGAUGUAGAUGAACUGUACCAGAUUCUGUUUACUGACAACGAUUCUCUGAACAACUUCUUGAAGUCCGCCAAACGAUCAGGUCAGUUUUUAAGUUAAUUGUUGUUUAGGUAUAUUAUGUACAGAAACAAAUCAUAUUAAAUAGGUGUUUCUGAAAAGCAUUUGGCUUAUAAUCUUUAGGUAUCUUAGAAAUGUGUAAGUUUAGUACACAAAGCUGACUAUACCUGUUAGAUAGUAGUUUCUAUGAAGUAAUGUAACAUACUUUAGAUCUCCGCUACGAAUCGUGGACGGUGACUACUCACGGUGACAAAAAACGAAAACAAAGAACGGCCACUUACACAGUCGAACUCAACAACACGUUGGGUCCCAAGUGUACUCAUGUCACUGAAGUUCAGGUAAGCUUUUACUCUCUAACCUUCAAAUAAAAAUGUUUAGCUUGGUUACUUGAUACCUACAUAAAUUAAAAAAAUUUGCUUUAGCACAUAUGUAGAUCUUACAAUUAAAUUUUGUAGGUAUCAGGGUAUAGUAAUGUUUGUUUUAGGCCGUUGUCGCUGAAAUGGGACCAAACGCUUCAGAUGGCUACAUUAUCACGAAAGACGCGGUAAAUGCGGGAGUUCCAUAUGCAGAUUGCUUCAGUGUGCUGUGUAAGUACUGCAUCACACGAGUGGGACCGAAGCAGACCCGGCUUCAGGUUCACGGUGAGGUCAUCUACAGGAAGAGUGUCAUGUCUGUUUUCAAAAGUAAGCUUUGAAGAAGGGUUUAACAAGUUAUAUACUUAUUUCGUUACAUUCAUUAAAUUUUUAACACAAUUAAAACUUGCUUAUAUAUUACUCUUUUCAAUUAUAUUUCUAUGUUACAGGCAUCAUCGAAAAGAUGACGUUGAGUGGAAUGCACGACUACUACAAGAACCUGGACAAGUAUCUCUCUUCCUGCGGCUCCAAAGAGAGCCACGAGCAUCGGAAUGGAGCCGGCUCCGAUUGGGUGUCUGAAUUCCAGGAGUCCGAGUUGGAUACACAGCCAGAAUCCGAGAGCAUCGUCAGCCAGGAGUUCAAUCUCUGCGAGAUCCGGUGCGACCUCUUCGAAUAAACUGAUUCUUUUCAGGUUACAUAAAGAGUUGGUCAGACAGAGGCAUGACAUUAGAGUCCAGGCGUCGUAUUUGCGCGAGAUACGCAACUCGCUGCGACUUGUUGUUGUGUUGUAAGUAGAGGACUCUAUAUUACUAUAGUUUGCCUAGGUUGGUCCUCGUACUCUUGGUGCUUGUCGGCACCGUUUUAUUCCCCGCCCAAACUGGUUCCAUCCUAAAGUCAUCUCAAAAACAAGAACUGUGA